UUCUCCGACCCGUCUCUCGCUUUCGCCUCUUUCUCCCCUCUAAUCACCCCCGCAAUUUGUCGCCAUCAAUUUGUUCUUAUCUGGUGAACGGCGUUUGUGAGGGCGGGUAUCCGCAGAAACGCCCACCACGCUCGACUUCACCGCCUCGAGCUUAACUUUGGCUGUUUGCUUCCGAUGGAGCUCUCCCUCGUGGCUUCUGCCGCUUUCCUGCCGGCCCUCGUCUGUCAGGAGCAUCAUAGGGGCUCCAAGGAAUUUCAAACACUGCUGCCACUUCAUGGUAGAAAACAAGAUCCAUCAAGAUCUGUUUCCAUUGAGUUUAAUGGACAACAUUUUGAGAAUUUCCAGCAAUCAAUGCCUCUAUUGUUACAGAAAACCAAAUUAGCGAGACUGUCUCAAAUGAUUGGAAAACCUGUGCUUGUUGAUGUCCAAGGUUCACACCUUGACUCGGUGCUUUUGAGUUUUGGAAUUGUGGAGAAGUGUAUGAAAAAUGAGAAGAUACUAAAGUUACUUGCAGAAGGUGAAGACCUUGCUGCUUCUUUACUUUCAGAAGUUAUGACGCUCGAUGUGUUGCCUUCCCCACAUUUGGAUGACAAACUCUCUCUCCAUGAGGCUGAGAUGGAUGAUUCUUGGGAUCCUCUACAUAUACAAAAGCAGAUCUAUACCCCAAAGCCUCUGUUAUAUUUUGUUGGGAAUUCAUCUGAUACUAAAUACUACAUGGUACAUCCAGAUGGAAGGCUCUUGUUUGCAGACAGUGCAGCUCAAAUGGAAGAUCUGCUGUCAAUUGUUACAGAGUUUAAUCUACCAAAACGAACAAUAGUUGGCAGUAAGCAAUUGUUGCUAGUCCCCUACUUCACAAGGUAAAUCAUUACCUCCUUUUGCUGAUUCCCAAACUACUUAUCAGAAUCACUUAUGAUUUUUCUGGGACAUGGUUUACUUGCAUAUUGGCAUAAUUUUAUUUUUGAUUCAUUAGACAUGCUAAGAUAUAGAUAUCUUUUAUACUCGAGUCUGAUGGGGUUUAC